AUGAGCGACACCAACGAAGAUGAAACGCGGCAACAACGCGAACAGUCGGAGCGAGAACAGGUUCUAGAACAAUACCGAUCCAAGAUCCGAGAGCAUCGGGAAGUCGAAGCUCGUUUGAAGCGCAUGAGGGAAGAUGUGAAAGGCUUGGCGGCUCGUUAUCAGAAAACCGAGGACGAUUUGAAUGCCUUACAAAGUGUGGGUCAAAUCAUUGGGGAUGUAUUGAAGCGCCUGGACAGUGAGAGAUUCAUUGUCAAGGCUUCCAGUGGACCUCGUUAUGUUGUUGGAUGUCGAUCUCGAUUGAGUCACGAAAAAUUGAAGCCUGGAACUCGAGUUGCUUUGGAUAUGACCACAUUGACAAUCAUGAGAGUGCUUCCUAGAGAGGUCGAUCCUACUGUCUUUCAUAUGCAAGCUGGUGAGGAAGAUGGCGGUGUCUCCUUUGCUGAUGUUGGAGGUUUGAAUGAACAAAUUCGAGAGCUCAGAGAAGUAAUUGAAUUGCCUCUUACCAACCCUGAGCUAUUCAUUCGCGUUGGAAUUAAGGCUCCAAAGGGUGUCUUGCUAUAUGGACCACCAGGAACGGGAAAGACUCUACUUGCUCGGGCUUUGGCAAGCAAUAUCAACGCAACAUUUUUGAAGGUUGUCGCUUCCGCUAUUGUCGACAAGUACAUUGGAGAAUCCGCACGUAUCAUUCGUGAAAUGUUUGGCUUUGCCAGAGACCACGAACCAUGUGUCAUUUUCAUGGAUGAGAUUGAUGCCAUUGGUGGAUCGCGUUUCAGUGAAGGUACUUCCGCCGAUCGUGAGAUUCAACGCACCCUGAUGGAACUUUUGAAUCAAAUGGACGGUUUCGAAGAACAAGGAGCCGUCAAGAUGGUCAUGGCAACCAACAGACCCGAUAUUUUGGAUCCUGCCCUGCUACGACCAGGUAGAUUGGAUCGUAAGAUUGAAAUCCCAGAACCCAACGAGACACAACGCAUGGAAAUUCUCAAGAUUCACGCGCAAAACAUUACCAAAAAGGGUGACAUUGACUACGAAAGCGUUGUCAAGCUUGCUGAUGGUUUGAAUGGGGCCGAUAUGAGAAAUGUUUGCACAGAAGCAGGUCUUUUCGCCAUUCGAUCAGAUCGCGACUACGUUCUAGAAGAGGACUUUAUGAAGGCAGCUCGUAAGAUUCUCGACAAUAAGAAGCUGGAAUCGAAAUUGGAUUACAGCAAGGUAUAA